AUUAUAAAUGAAGUGGAUUAAUAUCCUUAUGUUGCCAGCCCUGUUCCAGCCAUGUCUUCAGGUCAUGUUAACCACCACUGCGGAGCAGACCUCUUAUCAGGCCGAGUCGGGAGGAAGUGUGUUAAUGGGCUGUAGAUUCUUCCCCUUGUCUCAGCAUCCCUACGAGGACUUGACGGUGUCUUGGCACUGGACCUCGCAGGCUCGGUCUCGAGAAGUGUACCAGAUGGAAAAAGGACAGGAGUUGAACGCUUCCCAGCAUUCGGACUUCCGAGGUCGCACCAGGCUGCUCAUCGAACAGAUUAAAGAUGGCUGGACGAAGUUGCAGGUAACCAGACUUCGUAUUAAUGACACGGGGAACUACCAAUGUAAAAUAGGAACAACGAAUGGAGCUGACUAUAAGGAUAUUAAGUUAUCAGUGACGGCACCGUUCAAAAGAGUGACCAAAAACAUUGUUAAAUCAGGAAAAGAGGGUGAGCUUGUGCUAACCUGUCAGUCUGAAGGAUACCCUAAAUCUAAGGUCACCUGGGAAGACAAUCACCGGCAAGAACUCAACGCCAGCACCACCGUUGUGGUGACGGAAGACGGGCUCUUCAGAGUCACCACUCAGAUACGGGUGGAAUCAUCGCAGAAAAAUAACUACACGUGUACCUUUAACAGUAGCGGCUCUUCUAGGUCUUUUUUCAUUCCAGAAGAUACACCACAACAGAAAGGGAAUCAACGCAAGGGGGCUGUAAUUAUUGCAGCAGUAGGCGCAUUUAUUAGACUUGCACUUAUUGGCUUAUUGAUAGUGCUAAUUCACCUACACAAAAAAGGCUUUGGAAAGAACAUUGAGCCAGACGGAGCUUCAAGGACAAGACGAAUAUUCAAGUUACCAGAGUCAACCUCGAACUCGAGGGCGGAGCAAGUGUAAAAAGGAAGUGAGAUUGGACCAAUUUAAAAGGAAGGACUGAUAGGAGAGAGCAACAGUCACACCCAAGAGCAAGCAUGACCGAACCCAAAACUGAGGAAAAGAUUGAAUGCGACACACUGGCUAAUCAAGGAGACAAGGAACCAGGAAGGAUGGAAGAGGGAAACCUUUACACUCCUAACCCGCAUUAUGACACGCCUAACCCGCAUUAUGAUACUCCUAAACCGCAUUAUGAUACGCCUAACCCGCAUUAUGAUACUCCUAAACCGCAUUAUGAUACUCCCCAGCCAGGAACUGUGAAGGACCCCUUGUUACAACAUCAAGAGGUAAGACAACCGGUUCAUACUUAUCGCAACUUGGGACAGGAGGUAGAACAAAAAGAAAAUACAUACGAGACACCGACCGUAAAAGAAUCGGAAGAAACCAGCUAUGAACAACCUGCCCGAGAUGAAGAAUGGGAUACAUUCAGGCAAGAGGAACUACCUCGGUAUAGCACACCACGAACAUUUUGGCUCAGAUAUAGGAGGAAGAUGAAAAGUAUUGGGAUCUUGGCAGGCGGCUGUAUCAUCAUGUAUGUCCUACUGAUGUUAAUGACGAACCUUAACACUCGGUAUGAACUCAAGCAAGACAACCUUUUGGAUUUGACUACUAUCCGACACGGAACAACAAAGAUAAUUAAUCAAACGUGUUGGAAAGUUCGCCAAGUAUCAUCAGUGGAAUACAGAAAACAGGAUAAUAGAUCCGAUUCAAGCGCGGGACAAGACAUAAUUGAUAACUGUAACAGAUCUCCCAGGAAUGGUUCAGGACCCUUGGAGAUACGGAGAGGAGGAACAGACCUAAGCGCAUGGCUGAGGAACUGCACCGAAUACCCAGCGUUGACCAAGAAGGUGUGUACCACGCAUAUAGUUCUACAGGCUCAAUGGACUAAUGAAAUCUCAAUUAUCACGUUAACUGUGCUGUGCUUAGAACAGAGUGAGGAAAGGGAGGUUAGGAAAAAUUGGCUCCAAAUAGGUCACGCGGAACCAAUGUGGUAUACCAACGAACAGUGCGCAGGUCUGCCUGACGGCUCAGGAGGAUACUGGAUACCAAAGGCGGCCAACAAGGACAUCGUUUCCAUGGCGGCACCCCUGAAUCAUACUUGCACCACGGUGCGCCCAAGCUGGGAACCAUGCUGGAGCUGUUUGACUUUCACCUGUGCAAACCAACCAUCGAUGGUAAACGACAGUCAAGUAUCCUCAACCACUGAACCAAAAAAGGUGACACCGAAGCCGGGUAGAUAUAGUUUGGGAAGGAAAGUAAUGGAAAAGCCUCCAAGGAAGCGACGCUCCACGGAAGAUAGAGUUGAAGAAUGUCAGCAGAAGUUGAUGCAAGGAAAGCCCCCUCUACACCCCCGUCUAUGGAAUACUGGUAAGAAAACCGACAGUUCCUACCAUUUCCAUGUAUUAACCUACAGGGGAAUGUAUCUACAGGAAGAUAAUUUUGCACCGGAAUUUGUAAGCCUGAUUAUCGGGUCUGUGGGUAAUCUACAAUACCAAGGAAUUGAAGUAUACUACGAACCCUGGCUGAAUAACUCCUUAACAUGGAUAAGACCAGUGCGUGCGUCCAGAUGGAUUGCUGAUAGGAAGGAAUCAUCAUAUAAGUUAGUACCGCGGAUGACGCGAUGGUAUUAUCAACGACUCCCUACCCCAACGGAUUUACUCUCAGUGCCCGACGGUGAUUUCCACAAACUGGAUCAGUGUGUAGCGCUGAGGGUAGUUGAGCAACUUCAUGGAAAAGAAUGGACAAAGGGCACCUCACCUAGAUGUCCUUUGGAAGAAGAGAUAGGAGCACUUUCUACCAAGUGGACUUAUAAUUGUACAAGCUUGAAAAAGAAUGACACGGUCAAAGGGAUUUUGCAAGCAUGGAAAGAAUACCACACGAGAGACGAGACUAAGACUUGGUGGGGUUUUAACCAGAAAGAGUUACAACAGUUCGUGAUUCCGUGCUUAAACAAGACGCAAAAUUAUUGGGUUAAGUAUCAGUAUUUGGCAACAGUAUACUCUAGGGAACAAGAUCUGUGGCCUGAUUAUUCGAGACUAAUGGGUGGAGGAGUUGAUCUUUAUGCUAACCCUAGACCCUGGGUAAUGACUUGUAAUAAACUAAAAAAUAAUUGUACUAUACAAUUAGCAAGACGACCGUGUGACGGUGUACCAAGAUUUAAGGAACACUGUAGGGAUAAAUAUCCAGAUAAAGAUUACGCCACUAUAGAGGGUGCGGUAUGGAUUAAGAGUAGUCAGAAUCAGUGGAUACGACAUGAGGCAAAAAACAGACAAUAUUGUACACGAUGGCAGGAAGAUUACGGUCUACUGAAAACAAUUAACCAAGGCAACGCCCAAGGCUAUAUUCCAUACAAACCUGACCCUGAAAUACAGAUUCUCGAGGGGCAUGCGUUCCGAAAGAGCUUAUGUGAAGGGAAGGAAAUAACAGGUUUCGAAUGGGUAGGCUUUAAUAGAAUUUAUAACAACGGGACGUGUUACGAACCCUAUGAACACUGGUUGUCAUGUGGCCGUGGCGAUAAACAACAUGAUUGUACAUGGUAUGAAAGAGUAGGAAAGGUUCUGGGGGAAAAUAUCAAAGAAGUCGGCAUAGCCCUAGUCACAACUGCGGUAGAGAUUGUGAGGGAAAGCUUAGAUAUAGGUUCUUGGCUAGUUGACCUAGCCAAGGACAUAGGAUGGUGGCUGCUAUUGGGACUUGCAAUAAUUACGGUGGCUGCAAUAACUGUAGCACUCCUCAAAAGAGGACAACAAGCAAAACCCAUGCCUAGGCAGUACAGAAAUAGGGAGACGCUUCCAAAAAGAAACGUCGUUGAAGAGGUCUACAUGCAGCUGCGCAAGAAGGGGGCGGAGCCAAAGCGGAAGUGUCUGACGGCCAAGGAUGAAGAAACCAAGGAGGGGGUGGAGCCUGUGUGUGUAUAAAAGCUGGCACACGGCGCCGUCCUCCUCAGUUCCAACUUCGUGGUGGAAGAGUGAGCAUCGAGCCAUGGCGUGUUCUUCAUCCAGCAAUGACACUUAUGAUAGACCAGGCGCUUUGCAGAAUGUGAGUAAUGAACUGCAAUAUUGGAUGAUUUUAGUAACAUGGAUGAUCUAUUGCUGUACUGGACAAUGGCAUUUUAACCAAGUGACUCGAAUCAUCAUUUGUGCCAUAGCCAUAGUUAAAGUUUUAGUUUUAAGAUUUGUGUAUUGUACCUAUACCUUAGGACUCGGCAUGUUCGUUGUAUAUAUGCAUGGCCGAAUAAUAAUAGAUUAUAAAACACCCAAAGGCGUAAUAGAGACAUUUUUGUUAACAGGCUGGAUAGUCUUGGACGUAACAUCAAUGAAAGCCUUUGAGAUCAUAUACGGAGCGGUGGUGUUGGAGGGUAUGCUGGCAAUAGCCCUAGCCUUAUAUGUAAUGAACCUAGUCAUUAGCCUUCAGAAGAAUAAAAGUAAGAAGAUAUGGAUUUGGCGAUUGGUUAAAUUAAUAAUAUGGGGAACCAUUUGGGGCAUUAUUUCCAUUCUUCUUUGGAUGCGGUUAAUUGAUCAAUUAGUUCUGAUUACCUGGUUCUUCACAUACUCAGCCUUCUUUACCCUCCCACCUCGAAACUCUGCUGCUCGGCCAGUGAUAUCCCCCUCACUGCGGCGCAGUUUGAGUAUACGCUCGCUCAGUAGAGAUCACACAAUAACACGACCUCCGGGUCAGGUGAUUUUUGUAAGGGACCAGGAUGAUGCCUAGGAUCCCCUUCAUGUGAUGAACUGUGUUGACUAUGUGUAUGUUUACAGAAAGUAAUUACCCCGCGGUGUGUCCUUUGUGGGAAUGACUCCCUUCGAUCCGCGUGGGUCGUGGGCAGUUCCUUCCUGGGACACUGCUGCUUCCCUUCACCGCUUAGUUCAAAGAGGGAAGUCUGGAUUGUACCUGAUGGAAUCUACCUAAAAAAGGUGGCGCGAGAACAAGGCUUCCUCACUGAUGACUGGCUGUGGCUGACCUUUGCUGAACUGGCGACUAAGGGUAUUAUGACACAUUCUGUUUUAGGUGAACCUUUGGUACCCCUUGUGAUUUUGACCGAGGACGGCCGUUAUUUGGGCAGAGUCUAUCCAUUGCUUCGUAUGGCUUGGCGCCUAGCUAGCGGGGGCUACCGUUUCACAUAUCAUAUGAAGGGUGGCUCCUGCAUAGCAGUUAGCCCCGAGACACGACCACCACCGGACCAGGGCUUAGCCACCACCACUGCCGCCGACCAUCGUUCGGACCGGGAGUCUAGGCCUGAGGCCCCCGAGCCCAGUGCCGCCCGACGAGCGCCAGCGGUCGGCAGCAUUACACCAACUGCACGUCCACCGUCUCCGGGGGAGGUCAUAAAUGUGGAUGAGGAGGAGGAGGAGGAAGAGGAGGAGGAAAGUGUAUAUGACAGCUGGACUCCUACCUCUCCUCCACCCACUACAUCGGUGGUUUCUGAAGCGACAUCUCCUUGUCCGACUACUCCCGGGACGCCUAGUGAUGUGCUGGAGAUGCUGAUGGAUGUGGUGGUGAACCCUGACUGUCUUGACCCAGAGCCAGCGGUGGCAAGUGGCGUUCAGGAGUGGACGGCUAUUGUCAACGCGUUCAGGGCUACCAUGCGUCAAGGACCCAGUUCAUAGUGGGGCUGGGUCUCAGCUCAAGGAGGGGGUGUCGGGUGGGCGCCAGGCUACAUACAUAAGCAAUGGUACAAAAAGGUUGUAAUUGGCAUAUGUGGCUGGGUUAAUGUGAUUGAGCUUAGCCCCAGUUUCAAUUCCUGGUCCAACCACCAGAGGUCGACAAACCAAAUUAGAUCGUAAGGAAAGAGUCGCCAGGUCAAGCAUAAGUCUUCUUACUUAUAUCAAUACUAUUAAAACCCCCUUGUCAUAAGUAAACAAACACAUACUGAGGUCAACUGCUUAUAUAAUCAAUUGCUUGAUUUUAUAUCCUUGAGAUAAUUUUAAUGAUUCUCUGUGAAGUUAUAAUUUAGAUGUUCUUUUGGAAAUCAGUGAUAAAAAGUACAUCAAGCCUAAUAAGGCUGUUAUAUAAUAUUUUGAUUUUUGUAUUUCUAAUGUACAAUGCUUUGGAACAGCUUUUAUGCAAAGAUUAUGACCUGUGCAAGGUUGUCUCUCUCAGGCAACGGAGCACACGAAUGCUCUACGAAGUAAGCAUGGACCUGUUGAAAUGCAUGAGAGAAUUGUAUUCACAUGAAUGUAUAAAUAUGAACUGAUAAACAUGUAUUGCAGAAUGCUUAAGAGAUUAAUGAGAAGUGAUGAAGUGUAUUGAUUGUGUUCAAGACAUAUGAAAUAUGCUUGUCAUUGAAUGGAUGUAUUAUGUGAGUAGUCAAUAGUAUUUACUGUGAACCUAUUUUGGGUGAGCAAAAAGGGGAAAUGGGUACUUUCCACUAGGAUCAUGUCAGGACACUGAAUGAGCAAAAGGGGGAAAUGGGUACUUUCCACUAGGAUCAUGUCAGGACACUGGAUGAGUAAUGGAGAGAUAGGUGCUUUCCACUUAGGUCAAGUCAGGACACUGAAUGAGUAAGGGAAAAAUAGGUACUUUCCACUCAAGUCAAAAAAAGUUAGGACGCUGAAGGCGGGAACAGAGGUUAUAAAAAUCCCUCACACGGACAAACGGGGCUCCUUACUCUCUCGAGAUAGGGAGACACACGUUCUUUUUUCCCCUCGCAAUGCUCAGGGACAAGCUGGCAGGAGGACUUCACUUUUAAAUCUCCUUCUCAUUUAAUUGGGUAAGACAAAACAGUGUACUAUAAUAAGGUAACUAAUAGAACCUCUAUUGACAUUGCGCGGAAUAAGGGAAAAAGGGCUAGUCAGCUGUUCAGGCGUUCUGAUGUCCAAAUUAUCUUAUUAUUAAUUGGCGUUACGGCUCCGUAGGACUUGAUCACUCCUUAAAAGCUCACUCAAAAAGGUAAAUACUUAUUUUGUGAUUUAUGACUUUUGAACAACUUCUAUUUCUUUCCAUUUUUAUUAUUCUUAUUAUUGUUCAUUAUAUAUCGCUAACCCAUACUGUCAUAUUAUCAAUCCAACCUUGUGUAAUCACUGAAAUAAAUACCUUGCUUUAA